UGCUGGGAACUGUCCUCUGUGACAACACCUACCUCCUGCCAGCCCUGCUAUUUCCUUAUCACCUGGAAUCUUUGCCAGUCAGCCAGCUUCUCAGAACAACUGCGGAGUCACAGCAGAUCUUGCCACCAUGAAGGCGACCUUCUCAAUGGCCCUCCUUGUUCUAAUGGUCUCAGUGUGGACUUCCUUUGCAGUUGAUUUCCCUCUUCCUAUGGCCAGUCACAUGACGGAUGAACUCUUCCAGGAGACAAAGGAUUUGUGCAAGAAGAAUGUAAGGAAUUGCUGGAUUGUUUCCUACUAUAAUCCCAGUGAGCCUAUAUGUGCCAGUGACCAUGUCACCUACCACGGCGAGUGCCAUCUCUGCUCCAGAAUUCUAUACGAAAGCAGAACCAUAAUUAAAAUGCAUGAUGGAGAAUGUAUUUACUCCUUGGAUGAGUCUGAAAAGGAAUAAAAAUUACUGGAUCCUCAGACAGCCAAGUGAAGCAUGAUGGCUGAAUCUUCAAAGAUACCCAAUUUGGGGGAGAGUUCUUGGUAGAGUACUUGCUUAGCAUGUAUGAAGCCUUAGGUUCGAUCUCCAAUGUUUGGAGGAAAAAAAAGAAUAGCUCCUUGAGAAGUGCAUCCCGGUAGUAGAAGAUACUUGGAUCAAAUCCAUUGAUUUGCUUCUUCAAUAAAUGAUUCUCAGCAUA